GAAUUGUUUCUUAAUUUUGUUCUCAUAUAACAGAGAAAAAGCUUCAUGUACCAUCAAAAAAACAAGUACCAUCAAAACAGUUUUUUAUAUCAAAAGAUAAAAAUUACGCAGGAAAUCAGAGAUUUUUUUGAUGGUACUUGAAGCGUUUUCUCUGUUAUAUGAGAACAAAAUUAAGAAACAAUUCAACCUAACAAGAUAUAUGCAGUCUUUUAUGCUCUAUCCAAUGGUGUCAAUUUUAAUAAGCUACGAUGUUGCCCUUCUUUUGAAAAUUCAUUUUUUCUAGAUCAGAGGUGAAAAAGUCGGAAUUCUACCCGUAAUUCUCAAUUUGCCUCAUCAUACCUUAACGUCUGAGCAGUAAAAAUAUCAUAUUCGGAGUCAGGAUCGAAAACUGAGUCGAUUGAUGUGUAUUUCGAAAUUUCUAGUUCAUUUUUAUUUUUUGGUGAAAAUCUCGAUGACUACCAUGACUGAAAAGUCCUGCUAUUGAAAUACUACUUUAAGAACUGAUUGCGCUCUCCAGUUAGCAUAAAAAGUAUAACUUCACCUAAUGUUUGGACAACAUACUACAUUCUACGACCAGAAUUAUUUCUGGACCAUCGUUCUACUAAUUCUUGAGUAUUCAUAGCAUCUACAAAUACUGUUACAUAAAACUGUUACAAUGACGUUUAAACUUUCUGACUAGAACCGAUUUAAGACACAGAGGACAUUUGCCUGACAAAUUAUUUGACAUAUUCUGUCAAGAAGUAUCUAACUUUUGUACGGAGAAUGAAUUUGUUAAGUGUCAAAUAAAACAGCCAAAAAAAAGACCCGUUUUAAUUAUUUGUGAAAAUGUUGAAUCAACAGAAAAUAUUUAGAAUGAACUUAUUCGACAUAGUGUACCUCAUCAUACCAUAAAAAAAUAUAGAAGAGAUGGUGAUAAUGUUGAAGAGAGAUUUCGGAAAAAACCUGCUACAAUAGGUGAUAUUAUUAUUGCAACGAAUAAAGGUGGAAGAGGUACUGAUAUUCAUGUAGAUCCACCAGUUAAUAAAGCUGGAGGAAUGCAUGUUAUUUUAAGUUAUUUACCAGAAAAUGUUCGAGUAGAAGAACAAGCUUUUGGUAGAACAGCUAGAAAUGGAGCACAAGAUACUGGACAAUUUAUUUUAUUAGUAGAUAAAUCUAUUUAUGAAGAAAUGUAUGAUUUAAAUCAAUAUACUAAUGAAGAAAAACAAAAUAAAUUAGAAAAUUUAGCAGAUGCUAUUAUUAAAAAAGGAAAAAUUCUUAGAGAUAAUAAAGAAGCAGCUCGAUUAUCAGAAUUAAAACAAAAAAAUAUUCUUCAUCUUGUUAGGUCAUGGGACCUAAAACGUGACUACUGUUAUGUAGAAGAAAAGUCCUCACCUGACAUAUUAGAGAGUGAGAAAAAACUUGUUAUUAGCACUCGACGUGGUACAGCAACAGUAUCAAUUGAUAAAGACGUUGAACAAAUAGCAUUUGAUGUUAAAUUAAUUCAUUCAGUUACGUUGGGUCCACUUCAAGAAUGUGAUGUUGAUGUCAAAGCACCAUUUUCAACGGCGGACCCAGCUAUAUUUUAUCCGAAACAACAGUUACAACAAAACAAACUUGUAUUAAUGCCUAACGCCUUAUUAAAAAUUAAACAUUACAAAUCCACAUUAACGAUGAUUAACUUAAGUAACUAUCCAACAGUUAUUCCGAGAAAUACAAGAUUAGGUGUUAUUACAUAUGCAAAUCCAAAUAUUCAAUGUUUUGUAUUAGCUCCACAAUCAUCAUUCAACAGUCAACAGCCAUCUAAUGCUCAACAAUGGUCAUCCAAUGUUCAACAGCAUCGAUCUUUAACAUCAAAUGACACUGACAUCACUAUUAAGAAUUUAAUUAAUCACUUAACCCCACAAGAACAAGAAGAAGUUUAUCCAAUAUUAUUGAAACAUCAGACUUUAUUUGAUUUAACAAAAAGAAAGAUCGCAAACACGCACAUUAAACAUGUAAUCCGCACAACUGAUCAUCCACCAAUUAGCUCAAGUCCUUUUCCAAGAACCCUCCACCAACAACAAGCAUUAUCAGAGCAUAUUCACCAAAUGGAAAAGGAUCAUCUUAUUAGACGUUCCACAUCACCAUGGGCAUCUCCAGUGGUAUCGGUUAAGAAACCAGAUGGAUCAACCAGAUUCUGCGUAGAUUAUCGAAAGAUUAAUAAGAUUACCAAAAAAGAUUCUUAUACUUUACCCCAUAUGGGAGAAACGAUUAAUCGGUCAGGUGACCACAAAUAUUUUUCAAAAUUAGAUCUUAAAUCUGGCUAUUUUCAAAUCAAAAACUAAUGUGAGAUUCGUAAUCAGAGCCAAAAACUGCAUCUAGUGAUAUGCUCCUCUCAGUUCUACUCUAAAAUAAUUUUUUCAAAAACUUGACCAGCGAAGUCUCGAGUGAACAAGCCGCG